AUGAAUACACAUCUUUUUAUUGGAUCUUACUUGGGAAGUAAAAGUCGAGGUGGAGGUGGAGGUGAAGAUGAAGACUACACAUUUAAAAAUCAGAGUCUGUAUGCUGGUAAAGGACCAGUUUUAAAAGCAACAACUGAUUCUGCCGAUGACAGCGGAAUGAAUCAGUUGCUAUGA